AUGUUCAAUGUCUGGGCGGAUUUGACAUCAAUUCAACGCAUCGUUGAUGCCGCCAGUAUCACCCUGCGACCCCCUACUUGUAUACGGGGCACUAAUAAGGAGAACCUCAUGAGAAGUCGUGAUGGCUUCGUUCCUUGGAAUCUCGGGUCGAGGGGUGAAUUGGGCGAUGUGACUGUCGGGCUACUGAAAGAAUCUCCUACUUUCUUCUUUAUUCAAGAAAAAGGGCCAAUUGAUCGUUGUUGUGUUGUGCUAUGUCAGUCCGCGAUCUUUCUUGUCGCCGGCGGCUCUGGAUUCAAUUUCCAGUCACGUGGGGUCAGCAUACCAGCUCAAUUCAUCCAGCUACUGCAUCCUCAGUCACGUUUGAACUCGAGCUCCGGGUCCUCGCUCCCCUGUGUACGGAGGAUACAGGGACGCAUUGCCUUCGAGGCUGGGAGGGCUGGAAGAUGCAUAUGCACGCUUUGCUUGAUUGACCAGCACCAACAUCGGACCACCAUCGGAUCCCGAUCCCUGGGGCCACACCCACAGUCCAGGAUGAAGCGGAAUACCCAUAAUAGAAGCACCCGAGACAGGUCCUCAUCUUCGUCAGCUGAGACAGAUGAGACGGAGCCAAGUAGCAGCUUAGCGGUAAUCCCGGCUGCAGGCAAACCGCAGCCAACAACUCGACGAGGGCACUUCAAAUCGCGACUGGGCUGCUUCAAUUGCAAGAGACGAAGGGUAAAGUGCAACGAGCUUCGACCAUCAUGCUCACCGUGUCGUCGAUUGGGUCUUUUCUGCGAUUACCCGUCUGCCUUUUCAGCAGCAGGGCCAGUCCGCGCCAAUCCCUCGGCGUUGUCGUUGCAAGACCUACAAUUUUACCAUCGCUUUCUCACCACGGCAUUUCCGACGUUGCCCUUGCGUGCAGACAAGGUCUGGGCAAAAUGUGCCUCUGAAUGCCUGGCGCAUGCAGUUCUAGGUCUCGGAGCAUCUCAUCUCACACAGCAUGGUGAAGUCGACUACACAUCUCAAGCUCUCAACCACCGAGUCACUGCCAUAAAGCUAGUAAAUGAGCAAUUUAUCAACCCUCCAAAGGACGCAGACACCGCAGAUGCAUUGUUUGCUGCUAUUAUUUGCCUGGCCACCCAAACGUCACUCUUGCCCGAUGGCAUGGUUGAAUAUCUGACCAUAACCAGGGGUGGCGCUUUGAUUUGGGCAUUCGUUAUUCCUGGCCAUAAAGAAUCGCUCUUCUCCUCUUUUACCAACGAAAGCCACGACGAGGCUCUGUCACAGGUUGUGAGCGAGGAGCCCAAGGAUUUCGAAAUACCUGAUGAGUUCCUGGCGUCGGUGAUGCGUGUGAACAACUAUCGAGGGACUGCGCGUCUCAUCCCUUCAAGGUACGUUGCCACUGUCUAUCAUGGUACGACACAGCUUGCUAAUUCGGUCCGUUCAGCGUGGAAAGCGCAUGCUGACCUGUGGAGGGCGCACUGCUACUUUGACAACGACACCUUUUCGGCAUUUGUUCACCAGGAAAACUACCCGGCUCAGCUGCUUAUCGUCCAUAUGUUCCUGCUGGACUACGUCCUCGGUCCGUUUUGUACGUCCAGCAAAGAGGAAUUCAAGUUUCCCGCGAGGAAGCAGGUGAUAAUAUCCUGGGCGAGAAACUUACUGAAACGAUUGCCUCCUGAAUUCAAAAUAUAUGGUAAUUGGAUUGAGAAAUACUGCUAUACGCUCGAGAGCAGUAAUGGGCGCAGCCUGCUUACACCCUGA